AUGGAAAGCGCAGUCAACCAAGAUGAAACAAUUACAAGUUCAAGAGCAGAUGAUGUGGAGUUGAAUAUUGAAAGGGAAACAUUCAUUCAAAUGGAGGGCAACCCAUCUCAAGAGUAUCUUGACAAUAUCACAUCAGAUUUCUGGGACAAUGAUCCUGAGUCCAAGAGGUCCAGACGAAAACAAGGAAUGUCUCUAAAACGAACUAAGAAUGAUGACAUAGGUCUGAAGGAUAAUGACACAGAAAUAGACAUAUAUAAGUUUGAUGAAGAGCUUCAUUUUCUUGAAGGAACAAGUGACCAAGAAUUAAGUUCUGAACAAAUGGACAUUACAGGUCAGCAUAAAAAAUCAAGAAAGCAGUUUAAACCUUGCAGAGUGACUUCAGAACAAAAGAGUGAUGAUGCUGACAAUGAGUAUUUGUCAGAGGAUGAUAAUGAUGAUGAACCAGCUGAGGUCAUGGAGACAAUAUUCAAAAUCAUAGAGAAGUUAUCAACAUCUGGAGUUAAACAAUCCGAUGAUGAUGAGAUCUCAAGAAAAAGAAGAAGAAAAAUGAAAAAGUAUCAGUGUUCCCUCUGCUCUUUUAACACAAAGGACAGUUACACCCUAGGGCAACACAUGCGCUGGCACAUUGGAGAUAGACCCUAUGUAUGUCGUGGCUGCUCAAAAGAUUUUACAAGAGCUGAUCAUUUAAGAAGACAUGUGGAAGGAGCGCAUCCAGGUCAAUUAGAUUAUUUUCUGCGAUGUAUAUACGAAGAUUAUAAUGCCAAAUUAAAAGAAACAUUCCUUUCUCAUGUCAAUGAUUCACCUAGCCUUGACACACUCCUCACUACUUCUGUAAUGAAAAGUGGCAUGCAAACACCUACAUCUAUUGGCCUUGUGAGUCAUAUAACAAACAGUUCUGAACAAUCAAGUACUCUUCAGGAAGCAAACAGUGUAGCAAAUGUGAAAUUCCACAGAAACAAGCCUAUUAAAGUGGCCAAUGUCUGA